CGGAAGUUGCCGGUGUCCAAUCUGCAGCAGUUGCCACGUUGGUGGAGACGUGGACUCGGGACCCGCAGAGCGGCCGCGACAGCAGCUCAGACACUCCGGGGAGAGGAGGAGCCCAGCUAAGAUGAAGCUUAAAGAAAUCAAUCGGACCGCUAUCCAGGCCUGGAGCCCUGCCAAGCAGCACCCAAUUUACCUGGCGGCAGGUACCUCGGCUCAGCAGCUGGAUGCAACAUUCAGCACAAAUGCUUCCCUGGAGAUCUUUGAGCUGGAUUUGGCUGACUCCACACUUGACAUGAAAUCAUGUGGCACAUUUUCUUCUGCACACAGGUACCAUAAGCUGAUUUGGGGUGGUCAUGGAAAUGAAGAUGAUGGGCUGACAUCUGGGGUCCUCGUUGCUGGUGGUGAAAAUGGGAACAUCAUCCUGUACAAUCCCUCCAAAAUCAUAGCGGGAGAGGAGGACGUUGUGAUUGGGCAGAUUGAUAAGCACACUGGUCCAGUUCGAGCACUGGACUUCAAUCCUUUUCAGAGCAAUCUUGUAGCUUCAGGAGCCAAUGAGUCGGAAAUCUACAUUUGGGAUUUGAACAACUUUAAAACUCCAAUGACCCCCGGAUCCAAAUCCCAGCCUCCUGAGGACAUCAGCUGUGUGGCCUGGAAUAGACAGGUCCAGCACAUCCUGGCCUCAGCUAAUCCCAGUGGUCGCGCCGUUGUUUGGGAUCUGAGGAAGAAUGAACCAAUCCUGAAAGUCAGCGACCACAGCAACCGAAUGCACUGUUCAGGACUGGCCUGGCACCCUGAUGUUGCCACACAGAUGGCUGUGGCCUCUGAGGAUGACCGAAUGCCUGUGAUACAAAUGUGGGAUCUGAGGUUUGCAACCUCUCCUCUUCGAGUGCUGGAAAACCACACCAGAGGAAUCUUAGCCAUUGCCUGGAGUCUGGCAGACUCGGAGCUACUCCUCAGUUGUGGCAAAGACAACCGGAUUCUGUGCUGGAACCCCAACACUGGAGAGGUUGUGUAUGAGCUCCCUACAGCUACUCAGUGGUGUUUUGAUAUUCAAUGGUGUCCCAGGAACCCGGCUGUCCUCUCUGCUGCAGCCUUCGAUGGCCGCAUCAGCAUCUACUCCCUCAUGGGCGGGAAUGUGGAUGAGCAGAGGCAGAGGCAGGCUGACAGCAUUUCCUCCUCAUUUGGGAACCUGGACCCUUUUGGCACUGGACAGGCUCUUCCUCCCUUACAGCUACCUCAAACCACAGCCCAGCCGAGUGCUGUGUUGCCUCUGAAGAAACCACCCAAGUGGGUCCGGCGUCCUGUGGGAGCCACGUUUGCUUUUGGAGGGAAGCUGGUGACCUUUGAAAACAUGAAGCCCCAGCACCAGCAACAGGCUGGCCCAUUCCAGGUACUUGUCAGUCAGGUGGUCACGGAAACCGAGCUCCUGAGCCGUUCCAACCAACUGCAGUCGACAGUCCAUUCGGGAGACUUUGUGGCAUUCUGCCAGUUGAAGGUGGACAAUGCCCAGACCGACUUUGAGAGGAACAUGUGGGGCUUUCUGAAGGUCAAUUUUGAGAAGGAUUCUCGCCAUAAAUACCUGGAGCUUUUAGGAUAUCAGCCAGAAGAGCUUGCAGAGAAGAUUGUGGCAACACUGCAGGAGGGCAACACUGGAGAGAAGACCCCAUCAGAUCAGGCUCCUGAUGACUCUGAGCAGGAAACAGAAAGUCUUGAGGACAGCCCCACCAUGGAAGAGGAGGUCCCGGGGGAGGCGGAGGAGGAGGAGGAGGAGGACGAUGUGGCACUCGAUGAAUCUGCACCUGAAAUGCAAGACACAGAUGAAGCAAAAUUCAAUAUUUCUGUCAGUGGAGAUGUUGACGGGCUGAUCAAGCAGGCUUUGCUGACUGGUAACUUCGAGGGAGCUGUUGAUCUUUGCUUGCAUGACAAUCGGAUGGCUGAUGCUAUCAUUUUAGCAAUAGCUGGAGGACAGGACCUUCUAGCUAAAACGCAAAAAAAAUACUUUGCAAAAUCCAACAGCAAGAUCACUAGGCUGAUUGAUGCUGUUGUGACGAGAGACUGGCCGGAGAUUGUUCAGUCGUGUGACCUGCAGAACUGGAAGGAAGCUUUGGCUGCUCUGCUGACCUACGCGAGACCUGACGAGUUUGCAGCACUUUGUGAUCUGUUGGGAUCCCGGCUGGAGAGUGAGGAUGACAGCAGUCUACAGGCCCAGGCCUGCCUGUGCUACAUCUGUGCUGGGAAUGUGGAGAAGUUGGUGGCCUGCUGGGAUAAAGCUCAAGGUGGAAGUUCACCUCUGGCUCUUCAGGAUCUGAUUGAGAAAGUGGUGGUUUUACGUAAAGCCAUCGAGCUUCGGCAGGGCACGAACAACAAUGGAGUGGGAGACGUUCUUGCGGAGAAGAUGAGUCAAUACGCCAAUCUGCUGGCUGCCCAGGGUAGUCUGUUGGCUGCUCUGUCCUACCUGCCGAUUGACACCAGUCAGCUGAAGAUCAUGCAUUUACGGGAUCGACUGUUCCGUGCUCAGGGUGAACAGGCCUUGGGACAGCAGUCGGCUCCCUUCCCAGACCAGAUGCAGCAAGUCACAAGAGGGAGAGACGGGACCCCAGGCCCUUCCUUUGCUCCUGGACAGAAUCAGCAGCAAGCAACGACCCAGCAGUACUACCCACAGGUUAGACCUGCCCCUACUGUCACAUCAUGGAGUAACCAGACCUCCACUGCCCUCCCCAGGCUUCCACCAGCCUCUACGUCUAACACCCAGGGUGAAGCUCCACCACCAGCAGGUUUUAUACAGCAGGGGUUUCCCAAUCCCAGUGGCCAAGUCCUGCCGCAGCCUUCAGCAGCACCUGCAUACAGUAUGUAUUCCCAGGCCAGCACUCGUCCUGGCUUUCCUCAAACUUACCAACCACAACAGUAUCCCCAGGGAGCAGGGAGACCCACUUUAUAUCAACCUCAUCAGCCCAUUGCCCCUCCACCUCCUUCUUCAUACCCUUCCAGCUACUUGCCUUCUGCUCCUUCUCACUCCACAGCCCCACCGUACCCAGCACCGUCGCAGGCAUCCCCUCCAAUCCCUGGCCCCGCUUCUCCUUUCCCCCCUUCUCUCUCUGGAGCGUCCUACCAGCAUGGCGGGCCUGGGGCUCCAGCCUCUUCUUCAGGCUAUGCACUACCGACUGGACCAACAGGAAACAUAUUUCCCCAGGACCCAACUGAUUUUUUAGAAGGACCUCAGAAUGGUUGGAAUGAUCCUCCGGCUUUAAGCAGGAUGCCAAAGAAAAAGAUUGUGGUUCCAGGCAAUUAUACUCCCCCUGCACCCAUCACAGCUCCCAUCAUGAACCCGAUGGCAGACCCUCAAGUCCAAAUGCAGCAGCAGCUGCCUCAGGCUUCUGCUCAUCUUCCACUACAAGCUUCAUUCCAGCAGCACCCAAGCCAGCAGGUGCAUCAUAAUCCAUACCAAGCAAUACCUCAGACAGGGAUACAACCAACACUACAGACACCAAAGCACAGUUCAGAGGAGGCACCUGGUGCACCUACUGGGGACAUUAUGCAGCCAGUACAACCACUAACCACUGAGAAAAUUGCCAAGAAGCCCAUUCCAGAAGAGCAUGCUGUUCUGAAGACCACAUUUGAAGGGCUGAUCCAGCGCUGUAUGACUGCAGCUGGAGAUCCACAAACCAAGAGAAAACUGGACGACGCCAACAAGCGAUUGGAAUCCCUGUAUGACAAGCUCCGGGACCAGGUGCUGUCACCAACCAUCAUUGGCGGUUUGCACAGUAUUGCGAGGAGCAUCGAAACCCACAACUAUGCUGAGGGUUUAAACAUCCACACGCACAUAGUCAGCACCAGUAACUUCAGUGAAAUCUCUGCCUUUAUGCCAGUUCUGAAAGUGGUCCUCACCCUGGCCAAUAAACUGGGUGUUUGAGGAAUGAUAUAAAAGUGUAACCUGCAGGAAAAAAAUAUAUAUGGUACUUUGUUAAAAGUAUAUGUUGGUCAAACCUAUGGAGGUUUAGAGUAAAGUGAGAAUCUGAACAAACCAAUUUAAAUACCCAGCGGCCAUAAGUUUCAUUCCACGUUGCAUCUUUUGGCUGUUUUAGCAGAGUAAUCUGUAAAGAGGCAAGACAUUCCAGUAAUCAGGUAAUCAAGCCAAGUCAAUAGUGGUGGGCUUUUGUCUUUUAAAUCUCUUCUGUUUUGCCUGUUAAAAAUAUGAAUUAUGUGACCUAAGUAAGGCAGAUGGAAUCCAUACAGUAUUGUAAAAAUUAAGCAUGCAUGCAUUAUUGAUCAAACUAAAUUAGGGCAGGUUUUGUGCCAUUGACGUAUGGCAAACAAUGGUAAAGUUUAGGACUAUAUCUAGCGCCAGUACAAUAGAAUGAAGUGGCUGAACAUGCUCAAUCUAUAGUCAAGCCUGUGUGGGAAGGGGAGACACUUGCAACUGCUGUUUAGUCUGCAGUAUUCACUGCAGGAAGCCAAUUGUGGCUUCUCUUUUCUCUGUGUUCAAUGCAAAAUACAGACAAAAAUACACCUGCAAACCACCUUAUUUUAAAUAAACAUUAAUUUAUUUAACUCUA